AUUUACUUAGCAGUCAAGUAGUCAUCAUUUUGCAGUUAUACUUCAAAUUUAUAUUUGAGUAUAUUUAGGUUUAUAAAGCAAUAAUAUUCAUUUAAAAAAAUUACCAAUCCGUUAAUCUACUUUACAAAAAUAGUGAAUUUUUACAUUAUAAUUAUAAUGUAAUAACUCAUUAUUGCAUUCUAUUUUCAUACUAAACUUGUGCUAAUAAUUUUGCAAAAUACAAAUGUUAUACAAUAUAUUAUAAAUUGUUACUAUGGAAAAUAACCCUUGUGGUUUAGCUUUACUCCAAAUUGUAUCUAGAGGUAAUGCUAUUGUUGCUGAAAUUCUGCGUCUCAAGGAUUAUAUCCCUUCAGUAUACAGGCUCAAUAAACAAGAUGUACAAAAGUAUGGUCAAAUUAUUUUAGAUUUUUCUUAUUUUAGCAAUACUAUUGAAAAUGAAAAAAAAAUUGAAUCUAAUGUGGUUUUAAAAAAUACUAAUGAAGAAUUAAAAGAGAAUAAUUUAGCUAUUAUCAACCAGUUUUAUUUUUUAUUUGAAAAUGUAUACAAAUAUAUUCAUGAUUUAAAUGAAUAUUUAGAUGAAGUUGAAGAAGGAGCUUAUAUUCAACAUACACUUGAAACCAUGUCUCUUACUAUUGAAGGAAAACAGCUUUUGUGUGAGUCGUUGUAUUUGUAUGGAGUUAUUUUAUUGUUUCUUGAUAUUUACAUUGAAGGUAUUGUAAGGGAACGUUUAUUGGUCGCAUAUCAUCGUUACAAUGCUCAACAAUAUGAUAAUGAAAAUCCUAUUGAUGAUAUUUGUAAACUUUUACGUACUACUAAAACAACUCAGGCCAAAGGACCAUCUUCUUAUCCUGAAUUUUAUUUUAAGAGAGUACCUGUCAAUCAAAAUUUAGUAGAUUUGGUUAUUGGAAGAUUAAGAUCCGAUGAUAUUUAUAAUCAACUACCAUCAUAUCCUAAUCCAGAUCAUAGAAGUACUGCACUUUCGGGACAAGCAGCUAUGUUGUUUGUAUGUUUAUUUUUUAAAUCAAAAACGUUACACGAGGAAUCAUCAAUAAUGAGAGAAAUUGUGGAUAAAUUCUUUCCAGAUAAUUGGGUGGUUAAUAUCUACAUGGGUGUAACCAUAAAUAUAAUCGAUUCUUGGGAAACUUUUAAAGCAGCAAAAAUUGCUAUAUCCAAUACUAUUCAAACAGGAGAUAUAAAUCGUUUAAUUAGUUCACGUUCAGCUGAACUUGAGAAAAUUACUAUUGAAAUAAAAAAGGUACUUAAUUAUCCUAACAUAGAAAAGAAAAUAAUGGAUAAUACCAAUGCUAUUAUGAAUCUUUGUCGAAACUGCAACGUCUCCUUAAGAUGGUACAUUUUACACACUACUACUGUUCAUCUUUUGUCUGAAAAUAGUAAAAAAAGUAAGCAAAUCCACGAUUUAAUUAAUAGUCAAAGUUCUUACAGUGACUUAUUAAUUUUUGAGUUAUUAAUUACAACAUCAGAAUUUGAACUGAACAUAAAAGAAACUUUUAAAAGUUUAUUAGAAGAAAAAGAAGCAAGAUGGUUGAAUAGAAAACAAAAAUGUGUUGAUCGUAUGAAUGAAAUGUCUGAAAUAUUUUCAGGAUUGACAAAUUUGUCUAGAAUUCAAAAAAAUGAAAACUUACAAAUUUGGUUUUUGAAUAUUGGAAAACAAAUUGAAAAAAUUACAAUGGAUAACGAAUUAGUAACUAGUAGAAAAAUUACACAAAUAAUAAAAGCAUUAGAAGAAGUACAAGAAUUUCAUCAGCUCUCAAAUAAUUAUCAAGUUAGCCAAACUAUAAAGGAUACUCAUAAUUAUCUCCGUGAAAUGAUAAAAACUAUCAACGUAAAGGAUAAUAUUUUAAUAGAUCUUCAAAUUGUUGGAGAUUUUAGUUAUGCGUGGUAUCAUAUUGAUAGAUUUACAAAUUUAAUGCAAAAUAAAAUUAAAAAAGAGCCUGGAUUAGUACUUAGACUUCGUGCAAUGUUUUUGAAAUUAGUAUCGUGCAUGGAAGUUCCAUUAAUUCGUAUUAAUCAGUGUGGCAGUGAAAAUUUAAUGACUGUUAGCAAAUACUAUUCACAUGAAUUAAUUGAAUACAUACGUAAAGUAUUGCAUAUUAUACCUGAAACAAUGUUUAAAUAUAUGACUGAAAUUGCUCAUUUACAAACUAAUGUUAUUAAAGAAAUACCUACUAGGCUUGAUAAAGAUAAACUUAAUGACUAUGCUCAACUAGAGGAAAGACUUAAGGUAGCGAAACUUACACAUUUAGUAUCAGUUUUGACAGAAGGUGUGUUAUGUAUGAAGAGUACUUUGGUUGGAGUAGUAGAAAUUGAUCCAAAACAACUUUUAGAAGAUGGAAUAAGAAAAGAACUUGUUCAACACAUUGCAGUUGCGUUACAUAAUGGUCUUAUAUUUAAUUCAAAAGCAAAGACAAGUGAACUUUUAACUAAACUCGAUGUACUUGGAAACACAAUGGCUGGUUAUCGACGUUCUUUUGAAUAUAUUCAAGACUAUAUUGGAAUAUAUGGCUUGAAAAUUUGGCAAGAGGAAUUAAGCAGAAUUAUUGGUUUAAAUGUUGAAAUGGAAUGCAACAGUUUUAUGCAAGAAAAAAUUUUAGACUGGCAAAGUGUGUAUCAAAGUAAAAUUGUACCUGUUCCUUCAUUUCCACCUUGUGAUAAUCAAUCAAAAACUUUUAUUGGUCGACUUGCCAGAGAACUAAUUCGCAUAACUGAUCCAAAAAUAGCAGUUUACAAAGAACAGACAACAGCUUGGUAUGAUUAUAAAACAAAUGAAGAAAUCAUUAACAUUAGAUUUUAUUCUAGUAUAACUAAUUCAAUAAGUAUUUGUGGACUGACUGGAUUAGACAAACUUCUUGGAUUUAUGAUAAUUACCGAACUUAAAAAAAUUUUGGAAUUUUUACAAAGUAAUGUUUUGAAAGAUAAAGAUUGGCUAUAUACACUAGGUACUAUUGCAAAGGACUUAAUAUCUAAUGAUGGGAUUAUUAGUAAUCCAGUUAGAACUUAUCAAAAACAUUAUUCAAAACUCCAGAAAAUAUUACCAUCAAUUUUGGAGUCAAUUAUGAAGAUAGGACAACUUCAAAUAAUUCGAAAACAAAUAUUUUUUGAACUUGAAGUGUCAUGUAAAUUAAAUGCUAAAAAUGUAUUUGACUGUUUAUAUACAAUGAAUAAGGCUGUAUUAAAUGAGAUUAAAAUACAUUUUAGAAAUCCAAAUAACAAACCAUAUCCAAACAGUGAUAAUCCAUUAUUAUCAGAAUUAAGUAAAAUGAUGGAUUGGGCUGGAAUAGGAAAUCCAUACUCUAAAAUUUAUAUCACAACUUCUAGCUCUCAAUAUAUUUCAUUAAUAACUUUUUUGUUCACAAUUGCUCAAUUCUCUAAAUUGCAUUAUUCGGAUGUUUUAGCUUUACUUUCUUGGAAAAAAAAUGGCGAUCCUGUUGAUGGAGCACCAUUGUACAUAGGUGUACAUACAUUAUUAAAACAAUUUCACCCUGAAAUUGGAUACCAAUACCUAGAAUAUUUAGCUCAAUAUUUCAAAUCUUUAAUUAAUUACUCUACUAAGUCGAUUGAAAAACUUGAUAUACCAAAUGAAUACUACGUAACACAGUUCUUCGUCGAGAGAUACAUGUUUAUUGGCGAAAUAAAUCAGCAAGUAUUUUUAGACAUGGUUCCACAUUAUUUAACUAAUACUCUUGAUCAUUUAAAAAAUAUAUCGUCAAAGACUUAAAUUUAAAAAAAAAUGUAUACGUUAUUUAAUUUAAAAUAUUUAUCAUAUAUCUAUACUUAUUGUUAAUUAAAAAAAAAAAAGUUAUUUUUUAAAUUAUACUGAAAAA